AAUUUGAAAAAAUGUAUUAGAGCGAUACUUUUAGGUGUUCUUAUACAAUUAGUUCAUUAUGGCAUUGUAAUUGCAUAAAGGAAAUCGAUAAAAUAAUAAAAUUUUAAGAGUCCAUACUUAGUUUAAAAAACCUUUUAAAUAUUCAAAGCGCAAAGAUAAGCAUGACAAUACAGUUUUGACAACAAUAAAGUAAGGUUAGCUUGAUGUUGCACCCAGUUUCUUCUCUAUACAGUCCCUAUAAUCAAAUAACCCUCAUACUCACUUUGAGCUGAUUCAAGAGCUCUCCGCAUUUAUUGAAGUUGCACGGUGUUUUCGCCCAUUCUUGCUUCAAAAUUUGAGCUUUAUUAACUACCUCUUUCAGUGCCGCCAUUGUCGAAUGUUUUUCAAAGCAGACCGCUGACCGAGUCCUUCUGAUCUGACGUGAAGUUCGUCAGUUGUCGUGAGCACUUUCUGAGCUCACUAUUUUCGGCAAAUUUCGGAAUGGUUUCGAACUUCGGUAUACAGCACGAUGUACAGUAUAUGUCGAAUCAUCGGGAUUCUAACCUUUUUUAAAGAAAAAAUGUAGAUUAUCCUAAUGUUAUUUAGCGAGUUUAGACUAUUUUUCGUAUUCUAUUACCGUUUAGAUUAAUUGCUUAAUUAGUAGAAUUUUUCACCAAAACUGUACAACAGAAGAUAGCAAAUAUGAAAAUCCAUGUUAAGGUUUUAUUGGGGGAAGAACAUGUCUUUGAUGUACUGCCCACAGAUACUGUGCUACAGGUAAAGCAAAAAAUCGAAGAACGUUUGGGUAUAGAUGUAUCUCAUCAAAGAUUGUUACUUUUAGGCAAAUCCCUCUCAGACGAUAAAGAACUUAGUUUUUACCCAGGAAUCAAAGAUGGGAGUAAAAUAAAUCUUGUAAAAAAGACUCCACAAGCUACAGAGUCUAAAAAUGGAGUGUUUCUAUUUAAAGAAGAAAUCCUUAAAGUUCUUCGAAAUUAUUACUCAGAAGCUGAUGCCUUAACGAUAGCGAAUGAAACAAUGAAGGAUCUUCAAAACAAAGUAAAUCUCUUAAGUUUUGAUGAUCUGGAAAGGUUAGCGACAGCACUGGUGCAAGAUCAAGAGAGCCUAUCCUAAUUUAUUAUUCGCAAUACUUAAUUUUUAAUAAGUUGCUUUGUUAUAAUCAGUGUAAUACUACUUUACCUACCUGAGUUUGUUUAUAAUACAAUUUGUUUAUGAUGCACUUUCUGAUUUUAAUGAUGAUUUAUUAUAGAGGAAAAAAUAAUUAAUUUUAGAAGUAUAAAAAUAUUUAUUUUUAUUACUAAUCAUAAAUUAUUUAUAUUAUUAAAAACGAACAUAUUACCGUUUAUUAACAGACAAUAAAUAAUUUAUGGAUCUGCUAGAUCCAAUUGUCUAAAGUAUCUUGCUACUAAGCAAAUGAACAAAUUUAAUGAUAUGGCAUCAUUUGCACACGAAGAAGCCUAAAAUAUUAUAUAAAAAUUGAUAAUGAAGCACUUAGCAUGAUUUUAUUUACUCUGAGAAUCUUUAUAAAAUUUUCACAGCACUCUUUACUAGUCAUAAAAAUCUUUUAUACUUAUAUAGAAAGAUGUAUUUUUUUUAAAUUAUCCGCACUAUAUAUUAAAUAAAAAAGAAAACAACUGAAUACAUAUUUUUAUGACUUUCGAGAAUUGGAAAAAUUUUUUGAAAUUAGAGUUAAUACAAUACUUACCAACUGAGAUCUCAUUUUUGAACACGUUCUAGCCAAAGAUCUCAAACAUGAACACAUGUCUGGAUUUAAUGGCAAUUCCAAAGCAGAUAAAAGUGCAUAUAACCAUCGACCUAAUGGUGGUUGUAUAGAAAUUUGCUCUUCUAAAUACUCUACCAGAUACUCCAAGACUUGUUCGAUUGUUGGCUGGUUCAUUGAAAGAAUUACUGUAAGCGUUGGUUCAAUGUAUAAGGUUUUUUUUUCCUCAGAAGCUGUACACAUAUCAAUCCACCUAGUUUGAUCAUUUACAUCUGGCUGUAAAUAAUACGAAUAAUAAAUUUUUCAAAGAAGCUAUACCA